AUGUUUAUGGCAUAUCUCCCCCCGCCGCCGACGGCGAGCUAUAACUCACGCUUGAGAACACAGGGCAAGGUAGCGGAGCUCCGCCUCGAGCUGAACAGCGGCGGCAAGAAGGACAAGAACUACACAUCGAAGAAGAUCGCUCUUAAGAAGAUCGUCGCCAACAUGACCAUGAGCAACAAUGAUAUGGUCGCCCUAUUUCCCGACAUCAUUGGUUGCAUGCACAUACCGAGUCUCGAGAUAAAGAAAAUGUGCUUCCUAUUCUUGGUCAACUACGCGAGAAUGCGCGCAGAGAUUGCAGUAAAAGCGAUCCCAGUAUUAGAGCAUGACAUGGAAGAUCCUAACCCCCUCGUACGAGCUCUUGCGCUUCGAACAAUGUCGUACAUCCACGUGCGAGACUUUGUCGAGGCAACCGUUCCACUUGUCAAACAGUUACUUCGAGACUCGGAUCCUUAUGUCCGGAAGACGGCAGCAUUCUGCGUGGCCAAGCUCUACGACCAUGAUAGGCACAUGGUUGAAGGGUCAGAUCUCAUCGACAGAUUGAACUCCUUAUUAAGAGAUGACAACCCCACAGUUGUAGCCAGUGCGCUCGCGAGUUUGAUGGAUAUAUGGGAGAGGAGUGAUGCGAUCAAGCUCACAAUCGAUUACAGCAACGCCUCCAAGAUGGUGGCCAUUUUGCCCGACUGCUCAGAAUGGGGUCAAACCUACAUCUUGGAAGCACUGAUGUCCUACGUCCCACAAGAGUCAGGGGAAGCUCUACUCUUGGCCGAGCGCAUAGCCCCACGCCUGUCACACUCAAACUCUGCCGUUGUUCUCACUUGCAUUCGUGUGAUAUUAUACCUCAUGAACUACAUAGCCGACCAGAAGCAAAUAUCGGCCCUUUGUCGGAAACUGUCGCCUCCGCUUGUCACCCUUCUUGCCAAGGGACCUGAGGUACAAUACCUCGCCUUGCGUAAUGCCCUCCUGAUACUUCAGCGUCGCCCAGAGGUCCUCAGAAACGAUAUCAGGGUGUUCUUUUGCAAGUACAAUGACCCGAUCUACGUCAAGGUCACUAAGCUUGAGUUAAUCUUCAUGCUCGCGAACGAGAAGAAUAUCGAUGAGGUGCUCACAGAGUUACGCGAGUAUGCGACCGAAAUCGAUGUACACUUCGUGAGAAAGGCUGUUCGCGCGAUCGGCAAACUUGCCAUCAAGAUUGAGCCAGCAGCGAGGAGGUGUAUCAACCUCCUGUUGGAACUAGUCGCUACAAAGGUGACAUACAUCGUUCAAGAGGCUACUGUCGUUAUCCGCAACAUCUUCCGCAAAUACCCCAACCAAUACGAAAGCAUUAUUGGGACACUCUGUGAGCAUCUCGACAGCUUGGACGAGCCGGAGGCGAAGGCUGCCAUGGUGUGGGUUAUUGGACAGUACGCAAGUCGUAUCGAGAACAGCGACGCACUCCUCGAGGACUUUUUGUACUCGUUCUCAGAAGAGCCGGUGGAGGUGCAACUAGCACUACUCACUGCAACAGUCAAGCUUUUUAUUCAGAGACCAACUAAGGGACAGGAGCUCGUCCCUCGCGUGUUGAAAUGGGCAACCGAAGAGACAGACAAUCCCGAUCUACGAGACCGGGCUUACAUGUACUGGCGACUCUUGUCUACCGACAUGAACGCCGCCAAGCAGAUCGUGAUGGGUGAGAAGCCACCUAUCACGGCCGAGUCUGAACGUCUCGACCCGCAAACACUGGAAGAGAUGUGCCUCAACGUCGGCACGCUGGCGACGGUCUACCUCAAGCCAGUGCAGACUGUGUUCCGCAAUGCACGGCCGCGGCGGCUACUCGAUUCGCCAGCGCUGCAGAAGCAGUCACUACCACCAAACUCAGGGCCGCUUGCCGGCUUUGAUGCCAACAAGAGCCUCAGCAUGCUGGGCAGAGGCGGAGAGCCCACAGACAUAGACCGUCGCAACCAGGCAGCGGCUGCCGCUAAUGGCGCGCCGAACCUGGCCCAGGCUGUCAAUGAUGCGGAUGCCUACUUUGCUGGCAUUGGGAGUCAGCAGAUGGCGUCGAUGAGAAUCCAGGAACAGGGUGACUCGUUUGGUGGCAACGGCGGGCAUGAGUCGGGGUAUGUGGUCAACCAGUACGCGCCGCAGCAGGUACUACAGCCGGCACAGGGGAUGGGAAGUAAUGGCGACUUGUUGAUGUUGUGA